AUGGAAAGAAAUGAGAGUACUAAAAUCCUCAUCUUUGAGCGGACUGGAUAUAUUAGUAGCUACAUGGUGAAGGCAAGCACAAAUUUGGGAUAUCCAACUUAUGUCUAUUCCAGGCCUACCUCCCCCAACAUAGAUUUGCUUAAUGAGUUCCAUUCUUCGGGUGUCACAAUAUUCAAGGGUGCAAUGGAUGAGCAUGAGAAACUAGUGUUGGUUCUUAAAGAAGUUGAUAUUGUGAUUUCUGCAUUAGCAUGCCCUCAAGUUCUUGACCAAUUGAAAAUUAUUGAGGCCAUCAAAGUUGCUGGUAACAUAAAGAGGUUUCUACCGUCAGAUUUUGGAUGUGAAGAAGAUAGAGUAACUAUGCUGCCUUCCUUUCAAGAAUUUCUAAAUAAGAAGAAGAAGAUAAGGAGAGCCACUGAAGCAGAAGGGAUCCCAUAUACGUUUGUGUCUGCAAAUUGCUUUAGAGCAUAUUUUGUCAAUUACUUGCUUCGUCCACAUGACCACGAGAAGGAGGACAUAACCGUGUAUGGCAGUGGGGAGGCCAAGGGUACUGUUCUUCUUAUUUGGUAUGAAGGAAAUGAAGGUGAAGAGUUGCAGAGGCAAAGAAAUGAAGGUGAAGAAGUGCAGCGUACAAGAAAUGGUGCUGAUUCUGCAGUGCUUCCAUUGAGGAAAGCAAACCAGGAAUGUAACUUUGUGCCUCAACAUAAUGCAUGCAUCACUUUCUUGUUCAUCAUCAAUCUUGUACUCUUAGCAAUUUAUCUUUUCAUUCAAAUUGUUAAAGCAAUCACAGUUUCUUGUUCCAGUAAUAGUAGAUGUGUUCCAAGCUGUUUGGCCCUUACUGGUCAUGCAUGA